AUGGCGGUCUCUCAGCUAUCUAUCGUGUUUUUUACCUUGGCCAUUGGCUGUACCGCCUUGGGCUUCGGUUUCAUGGCGCUUUUACAGCUAUCGCUCCCCAGUCUCUCUGUCUUGUUGCCCCUCUUCGUCGCGAGCGCUAUAUCGGCAGCCCUGUUUCUCAGUGCCUUUGCGGUCUCACAGAACACUCCGGUUCCCAAAUGGCGUCCCAAGAACUCCCCCGUCCAUCUUCUGGUCGUCCUAGGCAGCGGCGGCCACACAGCGGAGAUGUUCUCCUUGCUCCGUCGCAUGGAGCUCAAUACCAGCAGAUACAUCUACCGCACCUAUAUUGUGAGCUCCGGUGAUAACUUCAGCGCUACGAAGGCGGUCGAGUUUGAAUCAACACUCGGCGCAGAACCAGAGUCUUACGCAAUCAUUACGGUACCUCGUGCCCGCCGCGUCCAUCAGUCUUACUUGACAGCUCCCUUCACGACAACUUUUUCGUUCUGGUCCUGCCUUCUAGCCUUGUGCGGACGCCAUCCAGACCAGCAACAACACAAACGACCCGAACAACUUCCCUCGCCCUACCCGGAUCUCAUUCUCACGAAUGGUCCCGCGACAGCCGUUUGCGUUAUACUCGCUGCUAGACUUCUUCGUCUGGUCGCUUGGUUUCUGAGCUUCCUGUUUCCGGCUAGGAUUCAUCCGCCGACAAUAUCGGCAGGCGGACUGGCUCCGCCGGAGGAGGAAUUCCGCCUCCGUACAAUCUUUGUGGAAUCCUGGGCUCGGGUGAGGACGUUGAGCUUGUCGGGAAAGAUUCUGUUGCCCUUUGCGGAUCGGUUCUUGGUUCAGUGGCCUGCGCUGGAGGGGAAGAGAGCAUGGUGGGGGAUGCGGAAGGCUGAGUACAUUGCUGGUCUUGUGGAUUGA